AUGCCCAUCCCUCACGAUCGGAAAACCUGCGAUCCCGAAUACACCGACAACGCCAUGAGUUGGGUAGAUGAGAAAUACUGGAAGCAUCCAUACCGAAUCAGAUGGCCCAUGGAGUCAGAACUGAACGCAAAGGGCGAUCCGCGAAACCUUCCGAUCCUCUUCGGCCACUGGCCAUGUACCGAACCUCCACAUCACCCAGACAAUGAGUGCGACGCCGCUAGGGUGUGGCUAGACCGUGAGGUCACGCGGAAGAGCGAAGUUGCGACUUUCUGUAAAACAUGGCUCGGAUCACCGCCGGAAAAAAAGGUCGAGACUCUCCUUUCUUUGAACAUCACUCGAUCGGAAGAGCAUGAAGAGAUAGCCCCAAGGCACCAACAGGUGUUUGGUUGGAUUAUUGACCUUUUUGUGAAAGAGCAUGGGCUGGAGACCGUUCGGUACCAGGAAACAGACUUCACAGUCCUCGGCAACUCAAGUGGCCAGCUUGAACAGUUCUUGGAACGCUUGCCGACUAGUUCUGGAAUUUGGGAUCGCUGGGUUUCCGUGCAGAUGUGGAAGCACCCGCAAGGGAUCAAUGCGGUGAACGAAAAGACUUUCGUCGUCGACCUCAACCUGGACAAUCCUUGGCGCCAGCUUCUGGGUGCCGCGCUCAAGGCAAAAGGAGUUAAGCCGCUGGGCGUCAUAUGCAUGCCCGUCGACGAAGACGUGCCCUCCGGAAGUCGAGACGAGAUAUCACCGGAAUUGGCGGGGAUCCUGAAUGAAACGGAUUACGAAGUGUUCAAAUGGAUCGACACCGAAGUGGUUGAGAAGAAGACGAGCCAGGACGGGAGCCAGUACGAUCGUCUGAGCUUAAGCAAGCCCAACAUCUAUAUUCGGAAGACUUGA